AUGGACCAUAUAAAAAUUCUGACCCACUUCAAUCACCCUUUUGUUUCACUAAGUUGCUGUCCGUGGGUAGUAUAAAACUAGAAGGAAGCAGCUCUUGUUAUCUUAAAUUCAAACAGUAAGAGUGAGAGCACCUUAUGAAACGUAACACUAGUAGAAUCUUAAAUUCAAACAGUAAGAGUAAGAGCACCUUAUGAAACGUAACACCAGUAGAAUGUCAGGGCAUCUCCAACCACUAGCAGUAUUUUAGUGUCAAAAUCACAUUAUUUUAGUGUAAUCUCAACACUAAAACCAAAGUUUUUUCCAACCAUAACACCAAAGUUUACACUAAAACUAUUUUAUAAUAUUAUAUGUAUUAAGUUUUUUAUUUAUCAUUUAUUUAAUUGUAUGUUUUAAUAAUAAAAUAAGUGAAUAGUGUUUUAUUAGGAUGAAUAGUGUUUUAGUGUGGUUAAUAGUGUCACACCAAAUUUGGUGUCAAAUUUUAGUGUUGCACUAAAAUAGUGUGAUUUUUGCAGUUCCAUUGAAAAAGAUUUGGUGUAAAAAACACAUUAAAAUAGUGUUUUGGAGUUGGGUUGGAGAUGACCUUAAAACAUCUCCAACUGUUUACUUUUUCGUUUCCUUCUUUUUAUCUAUACAUAUAAAUGUUUUAAAAAUUGCUAGACGAUAGUUGAACGCCUCACAAAAAAUUAUUGUUUAUACGGAUGCUUAAACAGAUUUUUUGAACGUCUAAACUGAUUUUUUUUAUAAAUUAAUUAAAAAAAAAUUAUUUUGUUCAUAUCCGAUUUACCACGAGUGUUUAGACACCGUCUGGACCGAUUUUCAAGACACUAUUAUAGAUUAAUCUGAUUCUUAUCAUGGUUGUUUUAAAUAUAAUACACUUAGUUGAGAAUUACUUAUGAACUUAAGUAAAAUAUCCACAACAACAACUACGAUGAUCUAUGAUGUUUAUCAUCAAAAACUCAUUCCACAUUAUUAGAUAGAGAUAUACGUAUGUAUCCAAAAAAAGAGUCGAAUUUUUUUUUAAAAAAAAACUUAACAGAAAUCUACUACUACUAUCUUCUCUUGUAACAAAAAGGGUAACACACGUAAUGAAGAGAGAAGAUACACGUGGCGAGUAUAAAGCAAAAGAUAUCAAAUCAAUCGUCCUUGCGUAGUACACUCGUAGGUCCCACCUAUCCAUCCUCUCAUGUAUUAAAAAAAAUACAUUUUGCAUUUUCAUCUUACAAAACUUCUCCUUCCUCUUUCGCCAUUAACAUCUGAAAUUCUCAGGAGCGUUAGUUAGGUAAUAAUGGUGGGACUAAGUAUUAUUUUGGAGUCGACUAACAACAACAACAACAACACUCUCAGUACUCCUAAACCGCAUCAAGUCGUUAACAAAUCCACCGUCAUGGUCUCCUCCGAUCUCCGCCGUGGGAAUUAUUAUCUGAGUUCUGGUUUUCUCGAACAUUGUUUUCUCUGCAGAAAGAAACUUCUUCCAGCGAAAGAUAUCUACAUGUAUAAAGGUGAUAGAGCGUUCUGUAGCGUGGAGUGUAGAUCGAAGCAGAUGUUCAUGGACGAAGAAGUAGAAGAAGAAAGCUUGACUAGAGAGAACUGUUCGUUUACGGCUGUUAAAACGACGACGUCUGACUCGUCUUCAGGCGGUCACCGUCGGGAUCCGGGGAACCGAGCAAGCGGCGGUUUCGCUUUCUGAAACAGAGAGAGCACUGCAAACUGAAAAUUGUGAUUUGACCUUUCUACCCUUGAGCUUAUUUUUGUCGUUUUGUUAUAUGAGAUGUAAAACCUGAAAGGGUGUUUGGGUGUUUCGGUAUUUCGAGUUUGCAUAUCUAUGGGAGAGCCCCUAGUUUUAUUAUUUUAGUAGGCUCGGAAGAAUAUUUUUAAUUUUAAAGUAUUAAUUUUCUUCUGCUGAAGCUGACCUUU